AUGUCCCUUCAAGUUGAGGAAUACAUGGGGGCAGUUCCUCUAAUGAUAUUUCUUAGCGACACGGAUUGCACGGUGCAGGAAAAGCCGGCGCCAUUGACGUACGUGCUCCCGCGAAGUUCUGUGUUAAUGGCUGUGCGAAGCGAGGUCCAAGCCUUCUUUUCCUCCUACACGGUUGUGGGAGCGGACGCAUCACUGCUCGUGUGGCUGACAUGGAGAGGCGAGCCGGUGCCAUGGCAUUACCCCAUAGGGGCAAUCAAAGAUAGCAUCAACGCAUUCCUGAUUGCGGGAAUAAGCGAUACACAGCUGAGAGCUUGCCGGGCGGAGUCCGCGCAGCUCUCCCCAGCUGAGUUGUACGCCGCAGUGUUUGGUUCCCCACUCAUUCUGGAGGCGCGCAUUACUUCCGUGUCCGCGGAAAGGCCUUUGACGGUGCCAGUUCCUGGGCAGGAGGAUGCCAUUUCCCGUCGCACGGCAGAUCAGGCAAUUGGCGAGUUCCUCAAGCAGGUGAUCAAGGGAACCUUUUCCGCCAUGUACGGCAGCAUCAAGGCACUUAUGGAUGCUCGUAGUGAAGUUAUUAACGACUUACUGAACUUUGCCACGUGUACGUCAACUGGGAAACCCUUUGUACAGGCCUUGAGGGCCUACAAGGAAAGGAUUGUGGGACUAAGACGAUUAGCAGGGGCGCCGAAAAACGUAGCUGUUAUGAUUAACAAUCCAUUGGGUAAAAGUACCUUGCAGUUUGCGCUCUUUCGCGUUCCUCUUAAACCAUAUAGCGUCGGCGAUGAAAAGUCGAGUCACGAGGAGUCUGAGAAACCAAGAUCCAGUGUAGAAAGCAAUGAUACCAACUGCGGCACCGAUUGCGAUGCCGGCACUACGUCCGAUGCUGUGGGCGUUGACGCGAGGCUGAAGGGAAAAUCACUUGAAAGCCCUUUUGGAAUGAUCAUUUGGCGAGCUCUCUUGGAGCCGUAUUUCAAAUGGCGAAAACUUGGAGCGGAUGACGGCUCCAUUUCACCGUGCGCCGAGCCCUUCCUUCGUGCCAUUACUCCUUUUUACAGUGGCCUGGAUGGAGAUUCUUCCUUGGAUGCUGUGUUUUCUUCUCCGUUGGCGGACUCACUUGUGAAAGAGUUUAUUGCGGCCGGUGACGCGACUCGGGAGGCGCGGAGCAUCAGCGUCACUCUCCCUGCAUCGCCUCUUCAGGAGCGACGGCUUUGUCUCAUGGUUCAGGGACUGCAACCGCCGCUAUGCACCCCGGUAGGGUAUCUUCUUGACCGUUUCGCCUCUGCUGAUGGUCGGUUGUAUGUGACGUUGGCGGCUCUCUGA